AUGACAACAGUUCGGAUCCUCGAUACCAUAAUCGAGUGUCUGUCUGAAGCCCAAUCUGACUCGGAUCAAAUUCAACAAAAAGCUCUCCAAACUUUAGGUUCCAUCACAAAAGUUAGUCCCCAGAACAGGAACUUGCUUGCACAAACAGGUGGUGCCAUACCUUCCCUACUCACCCUGCUGAAAUUUUCAUCCCCUACCAUCCAGACUCUCUCACUAUCCAUCCUCUUCAACCUCUCUCUAAACCCUAAUCUAAAGCAGUCCCUCGCAGACAUGGAAACCAUCAGUCACCUCAACUUCGUAAUUCUCUCUCCAAGCUCCCCAGAAUCGAGCAUACUAGCUGCUUCUUUGAUCUGUAGCUUGGCUAUGUUAGACAAGAACAAGGCCAAAUUUGGGGUAGCAGGUACAAUUCAGUCAUUGGUAAAGGCAGUUUCAGGACCACGCGGUCCUGCAGCCCAUCACCUCCUCAGCUCUCUGGCCGAGCUUGUGCAGUUCCAUGGGAACUGCACAGUAGCAGUCCGAUCAGGAGCUGUCCCUGUGCUAAUACAAAUAAUGAAAAGCACUGAUGGUGAGGAUCUUGCUGGGACUUCUCUGGCCAUCUUGUGUCUCCUUGCUAGGUUUGAAGAAGGGCUAAAUGCCUUGAUCAAAACAGACCAGAUUGUAAGUUUUAUGCUAGAGGUGUUGAAGGGGAGGUGCAUGCUGAGUAAGGAGGGUGCUGCUGAACUACUCGUUCGCCUUUUCGAAGAAAGAGAAGGUUGCGUGAGAGACGCUUUGAGCCUGCCCGAUUUCUCUUAUGUGCUAGCUGAUCUUUCAGUGAGAGGAUCAGGGAGAACCCGAGAGAGGGCGGUUUUGUUGAUGAAGAAGAUGGUGGAGACUGACUCGGAUUCCUAUGCGGAUGGAAGCCCCAUGUUCUUUCAAUGGUAG